GUCUGGGAAGGUUGCGGCGGCGGCCGCCGUGGCCCCAGCCCCUAGGGUUAUUCCCGGGCCGAGCCUGUGCCGGGGACUCUUCCGUCGCCUCCUCGGGCGGCAUUCACCCGGCCCUAGAUGGUGGGUCCGGAGGAUGCCGGAGCCUGCUCGGGAAGAAACCCCAAGUUGUUCCCGGUGCCGGCGCCGGAGCCCGUGGGCCAGGACGGGAAGAUGAUCCGGGCCACAGGAGGUUUUGGCGGAGGCGUCGGCGCGGUGGAGCCGCCGGCGGAGGAGGAGGAGGAGGAAGAGGAGAAGGAGACGCCGCCUCAGCAGCUCCUUCGGCGCUACCUCGCGGCGGCAGGAGGACAGCUGGAGCCGGGGCUGUGCUACUGUCCACUCCCGGCUGGCCAGCCCCGCGCCCCGCCGCUCCCGGCAGCUCCGCGCUCGGACGCCUGCCCGCGGGACUCGGGCUCCAAGCACCGAGACGCGGAGGUGGCGGAUGCCCGCGCUCCGCGGCACAGAGGCAUGACCAACGGGGACUCGGGCUUUCUGCCGGGCCAGGACUGUCGGGACCUGGAGGAGGCUCGCGGGCUGGCCUGCGCGGGCGGCCGGGAUCCGCGCCACCGCCGCCUCCGCCCGGAGGGGCCUGGCGACGAGGGCGCGGACGGCGCGGGCAGCCCGUCCGACUGGGCCGCGCCGCUCGAAGACCCGCUGCGGAGCUGCUGCCUAGCAGCGGCGGACUCUGACAAGCCCCAGGGCGCGGGCAGCGGAUCGGAGGGCAGCCCGGCCAGCGACGGCAGCAGCUGCGAAGACUUGGAGCGGCCGGGAGACGGCGCUGGGGGUCCCGAGGAGGGCGCGUCCGCCGCCGCCUCGGCGGAGAGGACUAGCGGGGACGCCGGCGCUGAGCCGCGCCCUGGCGUCUCGGACGUUCAGGUGAACUCUCGGAACACGUUCGAGGUGAGCCGCGACCACCUGCCCGCCGCCGGGCCGCCGGUGCCCGCGCCCGCCACGGAGCAGGGCGCCGCGGGGACCUCGGCCCGGGCUCGACGGAGCGGCGGUUUCGCCGACUUUUUCGCCAGAAACCUUUUUCCAAAAAGGACAAAGGAACUCAAAUCAGUUGUUCAUAGUGCUCCUGGCUGGAAAUUAUUUGGUAAAGUCCCUCCUAGAGAGAAUCUUCAAAAAACUUCCAGAAUCAUUCAACAGGAAUAUGAAGCACGAACUGGGAGGACCUGUAAACCACCACCUCAGUCUUCAAGACGUAAGAAUUUUGAAUUUGAGCCACUUUCUACCACUGCCCUGAUUCUUGAGGAUCGACCAUCAGUAAAAAUUCCUAACCUGUUUUGUCAUUUUCCUGGUCUGCAGCUUUUUCCACCCAUUAUCAAGAGGAGCAUAAUAAAAGAAUCUAGAGCCAAACAGGCAGAGAAAACAGAAAUUAAAGAAGCCUAUAAAAGGAAAAAAAUAAUGAAAGAACGAUUUAAACAGGAAGAAAAUAUUGCAAGUGCAAUGGUAAUUUGGAUAAAUGAAAUACUGCCCAACUGGGAAGUAAUGCGUAGUACGAGAAGAGUUCGAGAAUUGUGGUGGCAGGGAUUGCCCCCUAGUGUUCGUGGGAAAGUUUGGAGUCUAGCUGUAGGAAAUGAACUAAAUAUCACUCCUGAACUUUAUGAAAUCUUCCUCUCAAGAGCAAAAGAACGGUGGAAAAGCUUCAGUGAAACAAGUUCAGAGAAUGAUACCGAAGGUGUGUCUGUUGCUGAUCGGGAGGCCAGUCUGGAAUUAAUUAAGUUGGACAUAUCCCGUACAUUUCCAUCCCUUUACAUCUUUCAGAAGGGUGGCCCAUAUCAUGAUGUCUUACAUAGUAUCUUAGGGGCAUAUACGUGUUACAGACCUGAUGUUGGUUAUGUCCAAGGGAUGUCCUUCAUAGCAGCAGUUCUCAUUCUCAAUUUGGAAGAGGCAGAUGCCUUCAUUGCAUUUGCAAACCUCCUCAAUAAGCCUUGCCAGUUGGCCUUUUUUCGUGUGGAUCACAGCAUGAUGUUGAAAUAUUUUGCAACAUUUGAAGUAUUUUUUGAAGAAAAUCUCUCCAAACUAUUUCUUCAUUUCAAAUCUUACAGUCUUACACCAGACAUAUACUUGAUAGACUGGAUCUUCACACUAUAUAGCAAAUCACUACCACUUGAUCUGGCCUGUCGAGUCUGGGAUGUAUUUUGCAGAGAUGGGGAGGAAUUUUUAUUUAGGACUGGAUUAGGAAUCCUCCGAUUAUAUGAAGAUAUUCUCCUACAAAUGGACUUUAUUCAUAUAGCACAGUUUCUAACUAAAUUGCCAGAAGAUAUCACAUCAGAAAAGCUGUUCAGCUGUAUUGCAGCCAUUCAGAUGCAGAAUAGCACCAAAAAAUGGACUCAGGUCUUUGCAUCUGUAAUGAAGGAUAUUAAAGAAGGAGACAAGAAUAAUAGUCCUGCUCUGAAAAGCUAAUCUUCAAAAUUAACAGACUAAUUGAAACAUAAAUAAUGUUGUUUUGAUAAAAGUUUUUCGUUUCCUAUGUAAAAAGCAUGGAAGAAAAUGUUGGCGAAAUCUAAAAGAAUCAAGACAUGGGAAACUGCUGAUUUUGAAUUCCAUGGCUGAAGUAAAUGAAAUGAGUAACCGAUUGACAGUAUUAAUAAAAAAGUAUUUUGUAGGGAGAGCCAUUUUACAAAGGGAAAAGUUUAAAUGGCUAGUUCAUACUCCAUAAUUUGGAGUGGAACAGUUUAAUGCAAUAAACUUUUUUAACAGCUUUGGAGAUUAUUCAAAUUUUUACAUCUUUUCUUUUUUAACAAUUAACAUAAAAGCACUUUGGAGGUCAGAGCAGGAUUGUUAACUUUAACUUCCAAAAUACUAUUUGAAAUAAACACCUUAAUACAAAUAUUAUCUCCAGUUCCAACCUUUUGAAGAUGUUAGAGACCAAGAGAAAGCAACUUUGAUUGUAAAUUAUUUAAGUCACUGAAGUUGUUGCCUUCAUUCACAGGUUGGGGCAAAUUUGGGUUUUCUGGGAACUGGAAACACUGGUGGGAGCUUGUUUCACAUUUAUUUAGGUGUUUUUCUACAGUAUCAGGUCUGUUUGUUUUUGAAGAAAAAUUGUUUCUUAAGUAAUUCCUAUCACUCAAAGAAUUUUAGCCUUUCUGUUUCUAGUCUGAGGAGUUAUUCAUCUAGUAAUUUAAGGAAGCUAACUGGUAGAAGGAAAGUUCUUUGCACUUUAGUGGACUGAAGACUUGAUUUUGGAAGUAAGUCCAUAUAUAUAAAUGAGAUUUUUCACUGGUAAGAGUAAAACAUAUGAAUUCUGAGAGUUCUGAAAUAGCAUGCUACUUGGCAAGACUUUAAACUUUUUAGUUAAAAUUCCUUCACUGUCUGUAGAAACAAAAUUUAAUUCUAGUUUUAAAUUCGAAAUCUUAAUAUGUAGCCAAGUCUAUGACUUGUAAAACACUGUGCAUAAUUUUCUAAUCAAUGGAAAUAAGCGUAAAAGAAAAAGAUAAAAUUAACUUUUUUCUAAUGAGUCUAACUUUGAUGGUAUAGUGGAUAAAGAAAUUAUUAAUUAUUGGUAAAUCAAUAUGAAAUUUAUUGUAAUAUGUUUAAUCCUUGAACCUAAAAUAAGUCACUUGAGUAUUAUAAGUGAUAUCUGUAUAACGUGCUCUUUGGUUAAUAAUUAGAUGUACAGUGUGCUUUUAUGUUUGCAGUUUGGUUUAAAACAAUACUUGAGCAUACUAUUUCUGUUAGUGGUAUAUAGUCUUCAAACUAACAAGCCUGACAACCUUGUUAGUUCAGUGACUGCCUCUUUAGGAGUAUGGGACCAGAUGGUGUCCAUAUAUUUUUACCCCAUGGGUCAUUCUAGCCUAGGGACCACUAGUGGAACCGUCAGAAGUUAACUCCUAUCUUAGGAGCUUACUUAGUGGAAACUGGUAUUGUAAUAAAUAUUGAGGGAGUACCCAGGGUCUUAAUAGGUUUUAGAGUGACAUUUUAACUCUGGUAACUACUUCCUUGAUAUUGGUGGCCCUGAUCAGAGGGAAUGUAAUCCCUGGCAGUAAUCUCACUGAAGUUAUAUUACCUGCUUAAAUUUAAUCUUACUUGUGAGUAUUUGUUUCCUGAGUUUGACCUAAAUUACUGUAUUUCUUUUUCUCAUUUUUAUUAUUGUACAGUUUCUUUACCUUUCAAGUAUAAAUGUGUAUAUAAAAUGUAAAUAUACAAGGAAUUCACUAAAAACCACUAUUAAUAAUUACUGUGUAAAUAAAACUUGUAAGCAGAGUAAUUA